AUGGAAUGCGCCCACAUGCCUGGAAAAGUCAGCCGCGGCGCAACCGACCCCACUACAGUGCCCCGGCGCGGCAGGCCCCACACACCCAACCGCCUCUUGACUGCGGACGUUCGCCCGCAGCCACACUUUUCGCUACUUCGGGACCAUCAUCCUCUCGCACGUCAGAACACCUGUGUGAAGAAUAUGCAUCUAGAAGUUUCCCUGCUUCCAGAGGUGAGGUCCGCUUUUAAUUCUGACAGCCACGGCUCUCCCAGGGCAGCCGCGCUCGGCGCUCCCUCCACGACACAGGGACCGGGCGGGGGGUCUCCUGCCGCUCCUUCCGGGCCGGGGCGCCGCGGCCCCCUAGGACGCCCGCCCGCCCGCUGUGGAGCCAAGGCCGCGGCGCCCGCCCACGCCUACGGCCCGCUCACCAUUGGAACGACUGCCCGUCUCGUUCUUGCAGUAGCCGCAGAGGUAGGAGUCCUCGCCCUCAAAAUACUCCACGAUGCUGGGAGAAAGAGUGGCCCAGGAAGCCAUGGCUCCGGCCUUCCGAACGCGACGCACCCGGUGCUCCGCCGCCGCCACCCCACAAUGCACCGCGCGGCCCGAGCGCCCCAGAGGAACUCCCGACGCUGCCCCGGCGCCUGCAGGGCCGGCCUUGCCCGCAGAGGGACCGCCAUAUUCGGGCCUGGCCCCGGGCGCCGCCGGCAGUGCGGGUGGACUGCACGCGAGGCGACCGCCCCAGCCGCGUCGACGGCGACACUCACCGCAGGACGCCUUGCCCUCCUCCAAGUCGCAGUAGCCGCAGCGGGAGCCGGCCUUGAGCCCCUUGUACUCCACCACGGAGGCCAUGGCAGCCUCCAGGGUCCGCGCGGGCCGGCCACGCCUCUCGGCGUCCGGGUGGACGGCGGCGGGGCGCGGGGGCCCGCGGCGGGGAGGAGCGGAGAGCGAGCCCCGGCGAGAUUGGCCUGGGUCAAAAAUACUCAAGACCCUCGGAUUGCAGCGGGCUCCCAGUCUCCAUUAGAAAAGAAGAUUGAGAGUUUAGGUGGUGUCCACUCUUCAGAAGUGAGGAAACUGUUAGACCAAGAGUUCCAGCAGGAGAAUGAAACACUUCGUCAACUUAAGGAGACGUCUUCAGACUUCCGGUUUGCCCAAGCAGAGGCAUAUUACUACCGCAAACACCAAGAAAUGAUGCUGGAAGAAGCGUGGAAAUACAGAACAGUUCCAAAAUGGGAAAUUAAAACAGAGGAAAAGAGACCACGAAGUGAAAAAACGGAAGAUGCCAAAAUGUGGGCCUACCUAGUGCCUGAGAGGGCGCUGAACCGGACAGGGAAGCACAUUAGCCAAGUCGAACGAGCUCAAGGCCUCAGGGACCACAAGUAUCGGCUCCUCCCUCAGAAAAUUCCAAGUGAAACACUUUUCCCCAAAACAUUAACACCAAAGGAUAAAAAGACUGAAAAUAUCCAGAAAACACACAGAAUUAAAACCAGAAAGCACGAGGUGGCAUGGACAGAGGAACAGAUAAAGGGACAUCAGGAUCGCAUGGUUCGAGGAAGAGAACUCACAGAGCAAAGAAAUGAUCAACGAAGUGCUCAGCAGCUCUCUACCCAGGUCCCUCCGUCCCUGAAAUCUCAAGUGGAGAAAGAGGAGGUAAAAGAAUUUGAGUGGGUCACAGCCUACCCCAUUGCCCAGCCUUACCCGGAAGCACUUAUAAAAGUGACUAUUUUGAUGGAAAAGUCAAAAAAAGAAGAUAAAAUUAAAAAACCACUCCGAAGAGAGUUCUUGAGUAUACCACCAUUUUUGAAAAGUCAAUUAGAAAAAAGUAAACCUUAAAUUUUCUAGGUUCCUGCAUUUCUUUGUUAAGCUAGCCUAUUUUCAUAGUUGUUAGUGUCGUAAAAUCCCAUAUUGCCUAAUUUUAUUUCUAAGUGCAUCAAACUGGAAAAAAGAAGUUAAGCCACAAGGACAGCACUCCAAGUGUCUCAGCUACCUACGUAACUACCCCAACACUUAGUGACUUAGAAGCACCACCAUUUUAUUAUACCUCCCAAUUCUGUACAGGAAUUCAGGCAGAGCCCAGCUAGGCAACUUUCCUGCCCCAUAUGUGGCGUCACUGGAACGGCUUGAGGGCAUCCAGGCGGUGGCUGGGUUAGUCUGGAGGGUCCAAGACCACUGCCCUACAAGCCCUUGGCAGGGACAGCUGGAAGGCUGGGCUUAGCCAGUCCCUCUGCCUGUGUCCAUGUGGUUUCAGGGCCACUGGCAGAUGGACAUUUUAUAUAGUAACUCAUGGUUCUGAGAGACUGGUCAGUCAGAGCUUCUUAUGACCCAGCCUCAAAAGCCCCAGAACAUCACCUCUGCUACAUUCUACUGCUCAGACAAGUCAGCAAGACCAGCCCAAAUUCAAGGAGAGACGAAACAGACUUCCUCUCAAAAACAUUUGCAGCCAUUAUAUUUCCUCUAGCACCCCAAGGCUCUGGGAAGUCCACCACAUGCCUCUAUUAUACUUUUCAUUGUUCUUUUAACACCGCUCAUAAAAACUAAACGAGUAUUUUUAUAUGAACAGAGAAACCUACAACUUCACAGCUCCCGAGUUGAAGAGGCCCGGCUUCCCCUCUGCAGAGAUAAAUGUAGACGAAGGGUGUGAACGCCCGUUGCAGUUAUUACACAGAUAACACCUCACCUCGUACUCUCCAAUUCCCUUAAAAUUCAGAGAUGUCACAUACCGAAGCCUAAGCUGCAGCCCUGCCAGGGUUCCAAGGCUCUAGGACAUGGCCUCUGGGGCUGACAGUCUAUUUGGAAACGAGAACAAUAGUAAAAUAAAGGAGCACAUGCCCAGUUCUGUAGUGUAAGAACCUAUAUUGAGAAUAUGGACUAGAAAGUGGGGUAGCAGUGUAUGGGGAAUGCGCCUCAGAAUGAAACUCCUUAGGUGAGCAGAGCAGCCAGGAGGAAAGCACGGCCCUGCUUCAGCGCACGCCUACCCGCUGCCAUCAGCACAGAGCGGAGGCAGGCACAGCCCCGGCCCUGGGGCUCCCCUGGGAGAGAAACACCAGCUAACGAGAUGAGCACAAGCAGGACAACCGAGGCAAGAACAAGGUGCUACCAAAACACUAAGUUCUGGAGGAAAAGAAAGGCUUUGGGGCUGACACAAGUUUGUUUUUUAAAAGGUAACACAUAUUAGUUGUCUUUUUUAUUCAGAUGUUUUAAAGAAGUGGCCCAUAAUCUCCAGCCAGGUAACUUCUGGUGAUAAUUUUAAAAAAAUACCAAGAAAGUACAUGGUUAGAAAAUUCAAAUAAUUACAGAAAGGUAUGAAAUGCAAAGUAACCUUUGCCACCUCAGUUUGCAAAAGGUGAGUAUGUUUAAGUUUCUUACCUGAAGCAAGUCUGGAACAGGCAGAAAGCAACUCUAAACCCACACGCUUGAAGUCAUGAAACAGAGACCAUGUAUUGUGAUUCUAUGCAUGUGGUAUCCGGAAUAGGCAAUUCAUGGGGACAGAAUUAGGCAAAUGUCGACAGAAAGUGGGUUGUUGGUUGGACAGGGCUAAGGGGUGAAGAGGUAGGUGAGGAGGGGUGAGACUGCUUCCUCGUGCAGAAUCAUGGGGCAUGGGGACAAGAAUGUUUUAAAAUUAGGUUGUGGUGAGGCCUGCACAGCCCAUGAAUGGACUGAAAAACAGUGAACUGUGUACUUUAAAAGGGUGGCUAGUAUGGUAUGUUACAUGGAUCUCAGUAAAGCUGUCUAACCAAAUGAAAGACAUGGCUAGAGUAUAGAAAGGAAGGAAGUGGGCCCAGAGAUGUAGGCAAAGGGGCUAAUGAUGAAGGCUUCCAGUGUCACCAAGAGCUCAGGUUUUUCAACAGGGAAUUGCUGAGAAACAGACAAGUGGUUUGGAAGAUACGGAGAACAGACAGAUAGGAAGCAGGGGAUACCACAUGGAAGCCUGCGGCAGAAACCUGGACAAGAUGGAGAAAAUCAAGGAAAAGAUGGGAAUUAGUGACCAACUAAGGUAGAGGUUGUGGGGGUAAGAGAAAAGAAAUGCUAGGCUCCUUAGAGGAAAUAAAGUAGUGGAAGUAUGCAUAUAGGGGUUACAAGGAGAACAGAUUUGGGAGCUGUUUUCACACAGAUGUCUAAAACGACCCGUAUGCUGUCCAAUAAGCCAUUGGUUGCAUGUUUCUGAGGCUUUCUAGAGAAGUUUAGUCAAGUAGUUUUGGGAAUGUUAUAUAAAUCAAUACAGCGUAAGUCAUGAGAGUCAGAUGGGUGGAAGGGGAUCCAGGGAAAGCGUCCACACAGGGAUGUAGUUUCCAGGAGUAGAUUUUCAAGUGUCAGAAUCAUUUAUUUACCCGCUGGAUCUAACAAUUUGGAAAGGAAUAGCCUAACUGUCUAAACAGCCUCAGUAGAAUGCUGGGAAAGAAGGUGCUACCCUCCACAGUUUCACGACCGACAGAAGGGAAGAGCAAUGACCCUUGUUCAAAGAAGAGCUAGGACAGUAACUUGACAGGUCAUAAGUUUUUUAUGAGAGACGGUUAUGGUUUAAGGGAAAGCACUAGAUAUGGGGAGAGGUUGACAGAGCAGAGACCAGAGAAUGCAGGAAGGAGCCACAGAAGACACACCAGAGAGAAGGAAGCAGAGAUUUGGGGAAUGGGGAAAGGAGCCAACGAGGGACUGAGGCCUGAAGGUCCAGCAAAGGUUAGAAGCAUAGGAGUGGUGUUACCCCACCAUGUGUGUGGCUUUCCUCUACAGCGACUGGCAGCUGCUGCAUCCAAAGAGAGGACCGCUGCUGGAUGGCCCCAGGCUGGCACUGCUGAGGAAAGUGGCCCAGCCUGGCUUGGCAGAAGACUGAAUACUUUGUGUGUAAAUCACAGGCUGAAUCAUAUGAAACUGCUAAUAUUUAACUGUGUUUUACCUAUAAGAACAAUUUCAUGUGGUUCAAUCGAGUAUUUGUUGACUUGGCU